UCCUAGAAUCACUCUCAGGUCAAGAAAUUUGAAAUGGGAGAAUUCCAACCCAUGUUUUGCCUUUAUGUAUCUUGUAGAUUGUAGAUUGUGGAUACAUAUAUACUAAACCUAAUAGCCAAACGCAAUUACUGAAACUCAAUGGCUAAAUGUCGCCCUUGUUUUACUACUAUCGUCCUAACUUAAAACUAUUAAAAUAUCCUUCAUUAAAUAAACUAAAUUCAACAAAACAAAUACUAAUAAAAUCUCUAAUCCGUCCUCACUGUCGAGUGUCGACCUCUCCAAACACCUACAGUCCUUCACUGUUCCUUCUCCCUUGCUAUUCAUGGAAGCUGAUGCGGAACUAGUGGACGUUUUGUUUGGCUAUCUCACAUUACCCGUGACCACCAUAAUCAACCUCUCUCGAAAGCAGCCAUCGGUGGAAACAUUAAGCUGCAUCGACAACUUCUACCGAAACAUCGAGGGUCUAGAAAAGAUGACUCUCGGGUCCAUUCUCCCGCCGGGAAGUGGUGGAUGGCGGGCAGGGUGAUGUCGGCGGUGGUGAAUUUUUUUAUAUAUAUAAUCCAAGCAACCGUCCUUAUUAAUCCAUUCGCAAAUGGCCGGUGGCGGCGAUAGUGGAACACUGGCGACGGUUAAUAAAGAUAGUGGGGAGUUUUUUAUGUACCGUGGUGAAUUAAAUAUUUGUAAUAAAAAAGCAAAGGGUAAAAAUGGAAUAAUAAUUUAUAAAUUAGGGCGAUGAUUAAAAUUAGGGCGACAAUUAGCAACUCUUGUACCGAAAACCUAAACUGAUAAAACAAAGCAAUAGCAAUCCAAACACCAUAGCCACCGCCCAGUUCCCAUCACCGCUACCUCCUCCCUCGGUACCACCAUUUCCCUCGACCAGAAACCAGCAUGAAUAGAUAUAAUUAGUUGUGGCACUCGGUCUCAUUUGGUUAACGUUUGACUGGAUGUAAUAAAUGGAUUCGGGGAAUGAUUAGAGGUGGCAAAUGGAUUGGAUCAAAUGGAUUGGUGGAUCCAUGGAUUGGUGGAUUAUCCAUGAAUCCAAAUGACAUCCUCAAACAAGAACCAAUAUGUAAAAUGUGAAAAGUUUAGGUACUAAAAUGUCACAAUAAAAAAAUUAGGUACCAAAACGUAAAAUAUAAAAUAUAUAGGUAUCAAAUCGUAAUUUGCCAUUUAGAUUCAUGGAUCCAUGAAUCCACCAAUCCAAUUAGAUUUGAAUCUAAUGAAUUGGAUUAGGUGGAUAUUUUUAAUGGAUUGAUAGAUUGAAUUGGUGGAUUGAAUUUAGAAUUGCCACCUCUAGAAAUGAUCUAUUGAAGGAUCCAUUGGGGUUAUACGUGGUGGAUAUGUUAUGCUUGGACGUGGUAAAACAAGUAUUGGCUGGGACGUGGGUAGUAGUAAAAGAAUGGAACAGGGAGGAUGAGUUGAGAGACAAGUUAGCUUACUAAUUAUCAAUGUGGAUUAACUUGAAAUCAUCGUUAGCAGGGGCAUACCGGGAUUUUUGUGGUACACCUUUAAAUUUUGGAAGAUCGAUUAUUCAAUUUCCGGUGGUAAUUUACGUAUAGACAAAAAAAAAAUUAUAAUUAAUAGUCGGGACACCCUGAAAUUUGAAAGAAUGAUUAUACUACUCUCGUUUUCAGUUUGCGUAUGAGAAUAUAAGUGGUAGUUUGGGUAAUUCAAACCCAGAACACUACUAUUACUAACAAAAAUAAUUUCCAUUAGAAUACAACUUUUUUGUUGUUAUAUUCUAAACAUUGUGUAAUAGCAAAACCCUAUUUACUAUCUUUAAUUAUUUUCAAAACCUAAAAAUUAAUCUAAUUACAAGCUACCCUUAAUUUGUAUUGAUUUUAUAGUUGUACGACAAGUGUUGAAAGUGUUUUUUCAGCUUUGAGUUACAUCAUGAACAAAUUUUUGAAAUCAAAUAUGCGCCAGGUGGUGAAUGAUUGUCUAGUAGAAUAUACUGAGACAAAUUUGUUGAGCAUAAUAUAAUUUUUUAGAAUAUAAAAAUACAUUAUUUUCUUUUUUUAACUUGUACGAGUUGGAUAUUUUCCUAUUUAAGAAUAAUAUAAUUUUUAUUUUUCUUUAUUUUUUGAAAGAGGACACUGCUAUGUAAAAUUUCUGGGUCCGCCACUGACCGUUAGCUUGAUUAGUCAAGUAUUCUGAUGGCAUAGUUUCAUCAUGUUAGUGUAUCAGUGGGGUAAAAGGAUUCGAAAAGCGUGGCGGUCAAGCCUGAAACAAAGUUUAGUUCGAGUUAUCCAGAUUGAUUAUCAAGGUGCGUUGGUUAAAGGGGGUAGUUAGUAUUUCAUCCUCGGUUAUUUACUAUGUGUUGAAUUAUGCUAUUUCGUGAAAUUGAUUGAGUGCCAGUUCUGUUAUGUUUAAGCUAUGCAUUUAAAAUUAGAUGAUGUUUACGCUUAGUUAAUUACGUGCAUCCUUAAGUUCAUAUGUAUGCCUAGCAUCAAUCUCACUACGGAGAAAUUAUAUGAAUAUGAAUAAUUAUAAGUUUAGAUAUCCUUCUUGUGGAGGAAAUCGUCUUUGACAAGCUUAUGUUGUUGACACGCCAAAACACAACACCAAUCUGCGACCAAGUGUAAUCGCAGACCGGGAAUGCAGUAACAGGCAAGUUAUAUUAUCAACCCGGGCUCUAGAUCUACUGCUUACUCAGUGAUUCUCUGUUAUCUAGCCAACUAAAGUAAGUGAUUGUUGUUUAAAAGCAAAAGCAGAAAGAAAGCAGGAAAUUAUUCGGUUUUCUUAAGCAGGAAAGAGUCACUCGGGAAUGAAUCCCCCUAGCUCCUUAGUUAGGUUCAAUUGCAAUUUACCCUGGGUUGAUUUACUGUUGAUUAGACUGCGGAAGAUCCGACAGUAGCUUGGAAUCUCUUAAGCUGACCAAGCCCUCUCAGUCUAACUAUCCGGCAGACGACUAGUCUUCACCGGGAUAGAAAGCUGAAGCAGUAAGAACAGAACUCCACUACUGGAAUUGGAUUCCAGUACAAAGCAGUAAACUGGCUAACUCUCGUAUAGCCAAUCUCCUACUAUCGAAUGAUGAGACUCUAGCAACCUAAUCAGAUUCUAUCUAUCUCAGAUUGCAGCAGGAAUCAGGAAAAGUUGAUCAGACUUCAAUUGACUCAAUAAAUAUGCAUCAUUCGAUUAAAAUCAAACAGUAAUAUCAUCCCAAGUCAUUACAAUCAAUCCCAUAACACAUAGAACUAGGGUUCUUCAUCCCCAAGUGAGAGAGAGGUUCUGCUCCGGGAUGAUGAUUUACACUCCUAGGACGAUCUCCAAGCUUGAUUUGAUGAAACCUAGCUCCAAGAUGGCUUCUAGGGUGAGUUCUUCGUCCUUUCUCUCUCUAAAACUCUAUUUUUGCUCAAAAAGUCCGAUUCCCUCUCUUGCAGCCCGGAAUUGGGUUAAAACCAGGAAAUCCCGACUCACACGGGCAGGGCCACACGGCCGUGUGGCAUACCCAGUUGCCCGUGUGAGUUAAAACGCUGCGUUCCACUUAGUUUGAUUUUCAGGCUUCUCACACGCACGGCCGUGUUUGAUUUCCAUCUGCCCGUGUCUGCUCACGGCAAAAGCCGCACGGCCAGAGCACUUCAUCACACGGCCCUGUGAAAUGUCAGGGCAGGCCGUGUUUGCUCUCGGCAAAACGCGCACGGCCAGAAAUAUGAGUUGCACGGCCGUGUUAUUUGUGGGUGUGCCCGUGUGGCCUCCUUUGUGACUUGCCUCGCGCCCGAUCUUCGUCCAAUCGACCCCAAACUCGCUCCCGAGUCUCCAUUCACGUACUAGGACCUGAAAUAUCACAAACAAGCACAACCUAGCGUGAAAUCGGCUCAAAACGCGAGAAAUCACAUCUCAAACGGUGUAAGAACAGGGGUAAAAACAUGUGUAAUUAACGGUCUAUCAGUUGUCAACCAAGUAAGCGAGUAUAUGUUGAAUUACAUCUCUCCAUGAUGUGAGAGAUAGAUUUAGACAAGCAAGUAUAAAACACCAAGAAAAUAAGUAAGAACAUGUUUAAUCCUCACUUAGCUUGCUACGCACGCGGUACAUGAUCCCCAUUGUGUGGGUGUUUCGCCUUAGAUAGGUGCAAGAUCCCCGUUGUGUGGGUGUUUUGUCUUAGAUAGGCACAGUUUACACGUUCAUGCUCCCCAUGGUGAGGGUUAGGGCUGGGAAACAGUCCGGUUCGGUUUAAACCGGACCGGAUUGACCCGGUUUUUUAAACCGGAUUGGUCAUAUGCCCAACCGUAGACGGGAUUGGAUUGGUACACGGUUUUAACCGUGACCGGACUGGAUUGAUCCGGUUUCAACCCAAAAACCGGAUCUCCUUUACUCAAUCCCAAAACACAGCCGUUUUUAUAUUAAAAAAAAACACAGCUGUUUCAAUAACAAAAAAUCCAAUUAGCCUUCUCCUACCAACCACACGUACAAUCCCUAAUCUAUUCCUACUUCCCAAAAAAUCCACCCUAUCUUCUUUUAAUCUACCUUGGCGAUUCUUCUUCGCCCUCUUCCUCUCCCUCUCCUUCUUCUGGACCAAACAAAACACAAUAAAAGCAUCGCCUUCUUCUCCCUCAAGCACUACUCUGGCUCGUCCUACCGAUGAGCUCGAUUGAAGUUAGAGAGGCGAGAAGAGUUGGAUCUGGAGAAUCGAUUGAAGUCGCAAGAGCCGGGAAGGGGAGAUCGAGCGAGAGAGGGAGCAUGCGAAAUCUGUAUAGGAGAGGCAUGUCGUCGCGGCCGUUGCGUGUCGAUCGAUCGGAUCUCCUCGUCGUUACGGCCGUCACGUGUCGAUCGAUCGGAUCUCCUCAUCGUCACGACCGUCUAGCCCUCGUCGUCGCUGCCUGGCGAGUUCUGGUGGCGGAGUGGCUACGGUCGGCAAAGUGGCGGAGUGGCUACGGUCGGCGGAGUGGCUACCGUCUAGCCCUCGUCCUAUCGAUUGGAUUUUCUUUCUCCUUCUCCUCCUCUCCGUGUGGUGUGUGGGUCUGUGUCUCUAUGAUUGGGAAUGAGAUAAGUUUGAGGGUCAGAGGGGGAGAGAAGAACAAAGAAGUUGGAUCGAUUAGGGUUUGGGAAAGGGACCGUGGGCUGUGCUGUGAUGUAAGUGAGGUGGGCUGGGGAUGAGUUGUGAUUUAGCGGGCUGGGCUGGGGGCUGAGAUUUAUUUAUUUGUUGCUAUCCGGUUUUUCCGGUUUUAACCGGAUUGGACCGGGCCUGUGGGAACUACAACCGGCAACUGGAUUGGAUUGGUUGGGAUCCGGUUUCCGGUUUCAACCGACACGGUUUUAACUGCCCGGUUUUCGGUUUGACCAGAAAACCAGGACCGGAUUCCCAGUCCUAGUGAGGGUAGUCAUGUAAAGAUAUGUUAUAACAAGUUUACCGGACGGUUGCGCUAGCUAAGUGGAGGAUGGGGAGCCAUUGUAAGAUAAAAUAUGUAAGCAAGUACUAGCAAAACUCCUUUUCAAAUAAAAUGUGCAUUUUUUUAUACAAGCAUCGCAUUUGCAUGGUUCUGUGUGUAUGACAGAUGAAAUUAGAAUUAGGACUAACCCCAUGCCCGCACUCAAGAGCUGCAAGGAAUUGGAUCUUUGGUCAGGGGAAAGUUGCUACUAGAGAUGUCAUCUUCACAAGGGUUAGUGAUUGCAUAAGAUCCCAAGUGAACUCUUUCACCUAUGUACUUUUAUUAGUAGGCUUGAGACUAGUGCUCAUCUAUUGAUUUGUUAAGAGGAGUUUCCUACGAUGAUUUGAAAUUAUUUCCGUUCUUUCUAUUUUGAGUUAUUUCGGUUACUCAAGGGAAUUUUGGUAAAAGUAGCGCUCGGCCGGGCUAGGGUGUUACAGUAAAGUUUGCCGGAUUUUUUUCUUCAAAAUGCCCUUGUGGGUUUUCUCGGUUAAGUCUGCUUAUCACUUCACUGUCUUGUUAGACAAAUAACGGGGUAGAUGGAGAUCCAUGGCUAGUUGGAUGGAUAGACUCAGCUGGAUUAAACUAUGGGAGGCUAAUAUUCCCCCGAAGUUGAAAGUGUUUGUCUUCAACAGAAUCCUGCAAACGACGGAAGCCCUAAUAGAGAAAGAUGUGGAGGUGUUUCCCCGCUGUCUGAUUUGUUGGACGGAAUCUGAAACGAUGGAGCACUUGUUUCUUGACUUCCUAGUAGCCAGGGCUUUAUGGGAUUAUUCAGGACUUGAAUAUCUAGGUGAGGGUUUGCCUCGUCACACUUUCUCACUAUUCCUGAAGAGGUUGAUGUUAUUCAUAAAUCAACCUCAGAUUUUCAUGGCGGUGGUGGCGAUCCUUUGGCGGAUCGGGUUGUCCCGAAACUAGGUUGUCUUUGAGGGCAAAUAAUUUGGUUUCAAUUCCACUAACAAUACCAGGAAUGGGUUAGUUUGCCACCAGACCAGGGUCUCCAAUGUUCUCUCCCUAGGCUCAGCCCUUGGGUGUUGUACACCCUAAUGCGGUAUUCUAUAUGUGGGACAGGGCAGCUAAAAGUGAGUCUCAUUCGGCAGACAAGAUGAUUUUUCAGAUCCAAGAUGGGAAAAUCCUCUUGGCUAUAGGGGUGCGGUUUGCUGUGUUGGAUGAUCCCCUAGUUGUUGAGUUGUUUGUUCUCCGUGAAGCUAUUAUCUAGUGUCUAAGCCUGGGGUUUACAGAGAUCAGGUUUGAGGGUGAUGCCAAGGUAUUAAUUAACGAGAUCAAUCGGGCGGAUACCCAUGAUAAUCGGCUGGGGGCCAUUCUCGAGGAAGUCGUGCAUUACUUUGCGAGUCAAAGUGGAAUUAGUGUGCGAUUUGUAGGUCGGCGUAACAAUAUGGUAGCCCAUUUGUUGGCUAGAAGGGCCCUUUCUUUGUACCUGACAACGAGUCGUUUCUUUGACUUUCUUGUUUGGCUUCAGUUCAAGAUGUAAUUGUCUCUUUUCUAAUCAAUAUAGAUGAUUAUCUUUUAUCGAAAUAAAUUACUCUAAAUUUC